GGCGGCGCGGGCGACAUGACGGACAACAUCCCGCUGCAGCCGGUGCGCCAGAAGAAGCGGAUGGACAGCAGGCCCCGCGCCGGGUGCUGUGAGUGGCUGAGAUGCUGCGGCGGAGGGGAGCCCAGGCCCCGCACUGUGUGGUUGGGGCACCAGAAGAGGGACCAGAGGUACCCUCGGAAUGUCAUCAACAAUCAGAAGUACAACGUCUUCACCUUUCUUCCUGGGGUGUUGUUCAACCAGUUCAAGUUUUUCAACCUCUAUUUCUUGCUUCUUGCCUGCUCUCAGUUUGUUCCUGAAAUGAGACUCGGUGCACUCUACACCUACUGGGUCCCGCUGGGCUUCGUGCUGGCCGUCACUGUCAUCCGAGAGGCGGUGGAGGAGAUCCGAUGUUACGUACGCGACAGAGAAGUCAACUGCCAGAUCUUCAGCCGGCUCACAGCCAGAGGGACGGUGAAAGUGAAGAGCUCCAAUAUCCAGGUUGGAGACCUUAUCAUCGUUGAAAAGAACCAGCGGGUCCCUGCUGACAUGAUCUUCCUGAGGACAUCGGAAAAAAAACGACGGCGCCCACCUUCUUCCACAGGGUCGUGCUUCCUGCGGACGGACCAGCUGGACGGCGAGACCGACUGGAAACUGCGGCUCCCCGUGGCCUGCGCACAGAGGCUCCCCACCGCGGCCGACCUUCUUCAGAUCCGAUCCUAUGUUUACGCAGAAGAACCCAAUAUCGACAUUCACAACUUUGUGGGAACUUUUACCAGAGAGGACAGCGACCCUCCGAUCAGCGAGAGCUUGAGCAUAGAGAACACUCUCUGGGCCGGCACUGUCAUCGCGUCGGGUACCGUUGUGGGUGUUGUUCUGUACACGGGCAGAGAACUCCGGAGUGUCAUGAAUACCUCAAAUCCUCGAAGUAAGAUUGGCCUGUUUGACCUGGAAGUGAAUUGCCUCACCAAGAUCCUCUUUGGUGCUUUGGUGGUGGUGUCGCUCGUCAUGGUUGCCCUUCAGCACUUUGCCGGUCGUUGGUACCUACAGAUCAUCCGCUUCCUCCUCUUGUUCUCCAACAUCAUUCCCAUCAGUCUGCGUGUCAACCUGGACAUGGGCAAGAUCGUGUACAGCUGGGUGAUUCGGAGGGACUCGAAAAUCCCCGGGACCGUGGUUCGUUCCAGCACGAUCCCCGAGCAGCUGGGGAGGAUUUCCUACUUGCUCACAGACAAGACAGGAACGCUUACCCAGAAUGAGAUGGUUUUCAAACGGCUCCAUCUGGGCACCGUGGCCUAUGGCCUCGACUCCAUGGACGAAGUACAGAGCCACAUUUUUAGCAUUUAUACCCAGCAAUCCCAGGACCCGCCUGCUCAGAAGGGCCCCACGCUCACCACCAAGGUGCGGCGGACCAUGAGUAGCCGUGUGCACGAGGCCGUGAAGGCCAUCGCCCUCUGCCACAACGUGACUCCCGUGUACGAGUCCAACGGCGCGACCGACCAGGCCGAGGCUGAGAAGCGCUAUGAAGACUCCUGCCGCGUGUACCAGGCCUCCAGCCCGGACGAGGUGGCCCUCGUACAGUGGACCGAAAGUGUGGGGCUGACCCUGGUGGGCCGGGACCAGUCUUCCAUGCAGCUGAGGACCCCUGGCGACCAGAUCCUGAACUUCACCAUCUUACAGAUCUUCCCUUUCACCUACGAAAGCAAGCGCAUGGGCAUCAUCGUGCGGGACGAGUCAACGGGAGAGAUCACGUUUUACAUGAAGGGAGCGGAUGUUGUCAUGGCUGGGAUCGUGCAGUACAAUGACUGGCUGGAGGAAGAGUGUGGAAACAUGGCCCGAGAAGGACUGCGGGUUCUCGUGGUGGCGAAGAAGUCUCUAGCAGAGGAGCAAUAUCAAGACUUUGAGGCCCGCUACGUCCAGGCCAAGCUGAGCGUGCACGACCGCUCCCUCAAAGUGGCCACGGUGAUCGAGAGCCUGGAGAUGGAAAUGGGGUUGCUCUGUCUCACGGGGGUGGAGGACCAGCUGCAGGCGGACGUGAGGCCCACCCUGGAGACCCUGAGGAACGCGGGCAUCAAGGUUUGGAUGCUGACGGGGGACAAGCUGGAGACGGCCACAUGCACAGCCAAGAAUGCACAUCUGGUGACCAGAAACCAAGACAUCCACGUUUUCCGGCUGGUGACCAACCGGAGCGAGGCCCACCUCGAGCUGAACGCUUUCCGCAGGAAGCAUGACUGCGCCCUGGUCAUCUCGGGGGACUCCCUGGAGAUUUGCCUCAAGUACUACGAGUACGAGUUCAUGGAGCUGGCUUGCCAGUGCCCGGCUGUCGUCUGCUGCCGCUGCACCCCCACCCAGAAGGCCCAGAUCGUGCGCCUGCUCCAGGAACGCACGGGGAAGCUCACCUGUGCGGUAGGUGACGGAGGCAAUGACGUCAGUAUGAUUCAGGAAUCCGACUGCGGUGUGGGGGUCGAGGGGAAGGAAGGAAAACAGGCUUCCCUGGCUGCAGACUUCUCCAUCACCCAGUUCAAGCACCUUGGCCGGUUGCUCAUGGUGCACGGCCGGAACAGCUACAAGCGGUCAGCUGCCCUCAGCCAGUUCGUGAUUCACAGAAGCCUCUGCAUCAGCACCAUGCAGGCUGUCUUUUCCUCUGUGUUUUACUUUGCAUCGGUUCCUCUCUACCAAGGAUUCCUCAUCAUUGGGUACUCCACCAUUUACACCAUGUUUCCCGUAUUUUCUCUGGUCCUGGACAAAGACGUCAAGUCAGAAGUUGCCAUGCUGUAUCCUGAGCUCUACAAGGAUCUUCUCAAGGGAAGACCGUUGUCCUACAAGACCUUCUUAAUAUGGGUUUUGAUUAGCAUCUAUCAAGGGAGCACCAUCAUGUACGGGGCCCUGCUGCUGUUCGAGUCUGAGUUCGUGCACAUCGUGGCCAUUUCCUUCACGUCGCUGAUCCUCACGGAGCUGCUCAUGGUGGCCCUGACCAUCCAGACGUGGCACUGGCUCAUGACCGUGGCCGAGCUGCUCAGUCUGGCCUGCUACAUCGCCUCCCUGGUGUUCCUCCACGAGUUCAUCGAUGUGUACUUCAUCGCCACUUUGUCAUUCUUGUGGAAGGUGUCCGUUAUCACUCUGGUCAGCUGUCUCCCCCUGUACGUUCUCAAGUAUCUGCGGAGACGGUUCUCCCCGCCCAGCUACUCGAAGCUCACCUCGUAGGCGUGCGCGGGCCGAGGGCACCGCGGCCUCUGCGCCCUCCCGGUGGACAGAGUUCAAGUUGCGUCUUUUUUAAGCGCCACCUGUGGAUCUCGCGGCAAUGGCUACCACGUGCCGUUUGGACGCGAAGCGGCUGAAUGUGCAGAGUCCCGAGGCUGGUUCAACGGGGCAGGCUCCUGGGACGUGCCCGUGGGGCCUGCUCGAGCCCCGGAUGACUCGGCCUCAAGUGAAUGUAUAUACGUGAAAGCUGGUGGCUCGGCCAACACAUUUAUACGUGGGUCACCGUGCGAGCUUCCGAGGACUGGGAUUCUGGUGUUGUGUGAUAGAAGUUUCUGUCCGGCUGCGGAUUGUAGAAGGGUUUGUUUGUGUUUUUGUUUUAAACAGUCCUAAUGUGUGUGUGCUCCCCGCGUCUUUCUCGCUCUGAAAAAACUGGCUGCGGAGAAGCGUCAAGCUCGCGGUCUACAGGUUUGCGGGAAAAGGCCAUGACUCUGGUCAAAAGUGACCCAGACGGUAAUCGCACGGCCGAAGUGCUACCCACCCCGCCCGAGGCCGCUCUGCUUGCCGAAGCCACGCUGCCUUCCCAGAGCGACACAGAGCGGACCAGGGCAGAGCGAGCGAGCGAGCCGUAAAUCCCCUCUGUUCUCCUGCGUCAGAUUCAGCUUCGACAGCGCCCGAGUUAGCGCCACCUGCCUCCUCGUAAAAGAAUUUCAAAGGUGUUACCCUGCUGUGUUCGGACCUGGUAACAAUUACAAAGCCUGUGGCCAUCUGAGGACACCCCUCAGACAUUUUCAGCAGUUGUUUUAGCAGGAAAGGUGCCACCGAACGGCUCCUAAAUGUGUCGACAGGGUGAUAAGAGACUCGGCUAAUUCUUUAGACAAUGUAGCAUAUGCGGCUCAGGCCUCCUGAGUCCAGAGUGCAAGGUCAGGGCUGGGGGCUCUUGGCUUCCACAGAAAUCUGUUUCCCAUUAGGAGGAUGAAAUGGCCAAGGCAGAGGCAUCAUAACCGUGCCCUUCGUCGGCGGCAGCUUCGAGCGGAGAGUCCCUGGGAGGAGGAGGCCCAGGCUGCCGGCUCUGGGGUCGGGGCUCCGUUCCGCUGCCUCUCGAGAUCUCCAGGGGGAGCUUGCUGGAAGGCCGCCAGUGGUAGAGACCCCUCCCCCACCGGGAUGGCGUACCCGCACGUGUGUUUCUCAUAAAGCUGUGGCUUCUCUUUUGCGCGGAGGGAAGGGAGUUUUCAAGCGCUGGGCGUGGCGGGGCAAGGCAUUCUUGGGUUUUCGAGUCACUUGGUGCCACAUAUGCGUGCCAUCAGGGUUAAGUCGGCGGAUCUUCCAGUGACUGUUUGCGAUCUCGGAUCCGUGGUUAAUUCCUUCAGCCCUUCGGCAUGACGCUUCUUGUGCAUGCUUCAGAGACGUGAGCUCCAGCCUGGCCGCCGCGCCCACGGCCCUACGCUCAGCCUGCGGCUGGGGGGUUGGGGGCGGGAGGGGCGGGCACGUCGGUUCCUGGCCUUGGGAGCACUCUCCAUAUGCUCAUGUACUUAUGUUGCCCUUUUAAACCCUUAUAAAGUGAUACUAAGUUUCAGGCACUGGGUAAACUGGCUCUUCUUGGCAUUGCUUCUGUUUCAAGAUUCUGCAUUUUUGCAGUAUUUCGGCCGUCCUGUUCCAGCCAUCUCUGUCACACCGGAAGGAUCUGCAGGGAAUACAGGUCGCCGUGAAUGAAUGGUUAUUUAGGAACAGGACCUUCCAGCCGGAAAGAUCGAGUGGGUCUGACUUCUGUCUGAGUGAUGUUACGUAGUUUCGAAGGUCGAGGAGGGAGCCUUGGGCUCAGGAGUUCAUACUUUGAUCUGUCUUCUUAGAAGUCCGAUUGGAAGUCUUAAGUUGUUCUGAUCUGAGGUUGCAAACCCUGAACCUGGCCUUGUGCACAGACAGGUGAUGGCUUCCGCAGGUAGGUCUUGCCAGAAGCGCUGUGAGGAAAUUUUGGACGUUCCCGGCAGAUACAGGGAGACGGUCUCUUGCUUUGUUUUUUUUCCCCCUCAAGUCCCAAGUUCGAUCCAGGUGUGUGAGCUGACUUUUGAAGUCAACGCCUGAGAUGCCACCCGACAUCUCCCAGGAAGAGAGCUGCCGAAGAAGCCACGCCCGGAAGCGGAGGGGUGCUGGUCUGUGCCAUUGCAAACCUUGUUCUCUCGUCCCAGCUGCACUCCGGCGGAGGCAGUCGGGGGCCAGAGGGACCUAAACCCCAAGCGGAGCCCCGACCCCCACGCUGUGGAGCCGCCCCAUCGGUGGGCAGCCUGCUCCCUCCACCUGCCGGGGGUCGUCGGGUGUCUGGGGGAUGCAUGUGCUUCUCAAACUCUGGAGCCCCAAAGGGCAGGAGCCUCAAGUCGGUUGAGGGUACGGGAUCCUUACCUGCACCCGUCAGAGCAGUCCCAGCGGAGGACCCGUGUGCACGCGGAUUAUCUCAGUUGCGGGGGAAGAUAAACCAGGAACCUCCUGGGUUCGUAGAGCUUGAGCAGACGGAUCCCGUUGACCUUUCUCUCGGUUUACCAAUCUGGAAGGAAUUUAGGAAGCACCACUGACCCCUGCCCCUCACCUUGGACCUCAGUGGGACCUAAGUCUCUGGCAGCCUAUUUGAUUUGAGGCCGGAGGCCCCGCGGCACACAAUCCGUGCUAUUCAAACCUUUCUCCUCAAAGUAAAAAUUAACCCCCCACCCCCGCCCUCCGACACCACUAGGUAUUUCUGUCCUGGUUAGCACUUUUGUUAUUUUAUGAUUAUUUUUGUUCUGUCUUUUGGUGAUGGUUGUACGUGCAUGAGGAUGACGGGAUCCAUUCGGUUUCUCCUCCCCCCCGCCCCUUCCUUCCUCCAAGAAAAUGACCAGACAAGCUUCUCCAUUUCAGUAAUUUCUGAAGCCUGACAGUUUGGAUCGUAAUUUGGAGGGCGCACAUGCUCACGUGUGUGUUGCCCGUGGUGCUGGGGGGGUCCGGUUGCACCGUCUCUGGCUGUUCGGGGCAGCGGACUUUGCCACAGAGCGAAGGAGGGGCGUCCCCGGGGGCAUCUAGACAUCGGAGCAAACCACCUUCGCAGCCACCUGGAGCCGGGAGACCGCGAGCUGGGAUGUCUCCCGCUGUUGGUGUUGUCCCAUCCGGGCCCCAGGCCAGCUUCCCUUCCUAAGCCCUUUUGUGUGCAGUCGGCUUCGGUUCCCGUGUCUGCUCCCCUCUGCGUGCUCUCUGCUGAAAGCUUAGGUCACACUGACAACUUCUGAAUGUAUUUUGGGUUCUGUGCUCAUUGGGAAUGGACACAAUAAUGCCUCUUCUCCUUUUCCAGAUUUUUGCUUUUAUACUUUGUUUUGUUUUUACUGGGGUGGGGAUGGGAAAGCCCUCAUGCCUUUAUGGGGCAGCGUUUUAAACCUUUGCCAAAAUCGCCAGCGGGACCUACACAUGCUUCCGCGCCAUCCUGUUGAAGACAAACACCUCUCGGCUGUUUUUAUCUUUAAUCUUUUGUGUGUGUGUGUAAGUGUGUGUGUGUGUGUGUGUGUGUGUGACCUGAGUUUUUGAUGAGAUACUUGAUUUGCAUCAAAAUCCCGUUACUUCCGGCUUUGUUGUCAUCAAAAAACAUAAAAGGAGCUUGUGAAUAUAACAGAUUUUACUUCUCCCCCCUUCCUUUCAUGUAAAACCUUUUGCCACGUACACUUAUUGGAAAAUAUUUCCAUUAAUGAUGUUCAUUUCAUCUUGGGAAAAUACGUCUUGUGUUUCGGAAGGGAACCGAGAGGCAUUGCCACCGUGCGGGCGGCGUCCCCGAGACCUCGCGCUCCGCGGCGUCUGCUCACGCCACGGCGCUGCUCCUGCGUCACCGCGUGCUUGGGGGUGCCGGCUGUUCACGUCACUGGGCAACGUCAGUGGAUACUGCGUUUGUGGGGGGGGGACUGCUGGGGGGACGCGGCAUUAGCAAACAAAAAUGGUGGCCACUCUAUGAUUUUGUUGCAGGGGGGCUAGCCGUAAACUCCUCUAGGAGUCGGCGGCCCCCUCAUUAGUAGAUUCGUCCGUGUAAUGCACAUUGCACAUAUCCACCAGGACAGCGUUCUUUCAUUAGCGGGAAGCUCUGGUACAGGAUGCUUUAAUUUAGCAGGAACUCCCAGAUGAUUUAAAUCCUCGAUCCCGUGAUGAUACACAUGUGAUCCUGCGUGUUUCUGACCGGUUGUCCUUUCAUUGUGUGCCAGCGUGGCUCAUUGCUGCUGCCCAAUAAAGCUUGUGUACUUUA